GACCCCCCCCUGCAGCCGAACAAAAAAAAAAAAAGGGAACCCGGCACCAGCCUUUGAAAAACCGGUGAGGAAGCUUGGUUUUGGCCUUCUUUUCUUGUUCAAGAACAAGAUUGGAGCCUUGAAACCUUCCCCCCCUGCAGGAAAAUCCGGAUCUGCUCUGCUCCUCCUCUUCACCGCCAGCUGCUCCUGCUUUGUGGGGUGUGAUUUGCUCCAGUUUCUGAUUGCGUGAUUCUUCCCUGCACUGCCGCCGGCUUCUCCCCCUGCUAGGUCCGGUUUGCAGCUGCUAAAUUCUGGUAUGGACAGCCCCUUUAAGACUAAAAUUAUUCAUUAGCUGCUGAGUUGUCCAUGAAUUAUUGCUCUCCAUGUGCUGCCGUGAGAAAUGGGGAUGAAUUUGACGGUAUUUAGGCCAUGAUUUAGCUUAAUUCAUGUAGAGAAUUAGUUAAUUAGUUGCUGUGAUUUUUGGAGAGAAAAUCCCACGAAAUUAGCUAGUGUUUUGCCAAUUUUUGGAAGUGCAGUUACCGUUCACGUGUACUGUUCAUGCACUAAUGGCCAACAAUUAACGAGGAUUUAAAUAUUUAAUUUGUAAUAUAAGAACAAAUUUGGAGAUGUCCGAUCAUGUAAAGAUUGAUAAAAAUAGUAUCGUGAUUAGGGAUAGUCCUAAUGAAGUUUCACUUUGAAUUUGUGAUAGUAUAGAAUUAAUUCUUGGAUAUUUUGAUUAGGUUUCUAAUCGUUCUGUCAGUUUAGCACUGAGAUCGAAUAUUUGAUUUUAUGCGAUUUGGGUGGUGGCGGGACUAAACUCGUUUUACACAAGUACGAUUGAUUGAAAUGAAAUUUUUAUACUUUUCAUUAAAUUGAGUAUGCUUACUUGAAAUUUAAAUUGAUUGUCCUAAUGAUCUGGAAAUUAUCUAUAAAGUAUGAUUUUUCUGUUAACUUCUGCCUGUUUUGUCUCCGAUGUGGUCAUGUUAUUAGUGACUCUACUAGUGGGGGUUAAACGCUAGUACAUGUCGACAUGUUAUUGAUAGAACCGGUUCGUUCAACCCUGCUAGUGGCGAUUAUACACAAGCAAAUAGUGUGCCUGCCAGUGGGAGGUUUAUAACACUGGCCGUGACCUAUAGAGGAGACGUCUAUUUCGUUCUCGUACUGUAUCCGUUUUUCGUGAUUACACUUGUUGGCAUGCUAUAAGUUUAAUAAGGGGCACUCUAUAUUUACUUACUGAGUUAUCUUGUCCACCAUUUCAAGAAGCAAACCGACGGGAAAACCACAGGAAGUGACGAGUUAGAAGGCUAGACAUCUUGUAAAUUGAGCAUAGAUUUAGAUCUAAACCAUGAUCUUGUAAACUAGACUUUAUUUGGAAAUUUAUGAUAUUAGAGCAAAUUUUAAAAUUUGAUCUUCAGAUUUUGAUGAAUGUCAGAUCCAGAGGGGACACUAUUAGGCAGCACCUUGUAGGCUUGUACCCUUCCACAGGACGUUGGCCCCCCGAUGUCGUCAAUAGAUCGUCAAUACGCUUCUUAAAAAUGUAAUUUUUCUCAUGGAUUUUGGGAUUCUUCACCUGAAUGUUUGUUUCCAUGUUGCUUUAUUGCAAUGUCUCUGCUACAGCUAAUCCUGUGUCCAUGAAAAAUUUUCAAUUUUCCCGAUAUUAAUUACCGCCUGAUUUCCUAUUUUAAGCUCAGCAAUGUUUAGCUAUUAAGAAGUGAUUUCAAUUUUUGAGAAGUUCCGGGUUGCAUUUUGAAGCUGUUGAUUGGUUAAUUAUUAUCCUUUUCAAAACUUAAACUUUUGUAAUGUUUGCUGAAUUAAUAGGGAGUUUGGGAUGGGAUGAAAAUAGGAAAGCUCAUUAAUUAACUUCAAAAUUUUGCAUUUUGGGCUUCCUUAGGGGGAGAAGUUGCCUUGUGCCUUCUAUAUAUCAGACAAGGAGCUGGUUGUGCCUGUCACUUGGAACUUACUUGAGAAAAACAAAAGCCCAAUAGACCAAACUAUGUUAUUCCUGCUUCCAUUAAUUUGUUCUCUGAUAAAUUUAUUGAGUACAAUGCGUCAUUGGAUGUGUAAUUUCAAGAACGAUCAAUUUUCAAUGUCUGUGGAAGGACACAAGAAUUGGGUUCUUUGUAUUGCACUUGGGGCAUGCUAAAAGCAAUAGAAUAUUUUUCUUUGUUUCAGUUAGUAGUCUCACCAUUUAACCUCUGAGACAUAGAAUAUACUGGUAUGUCUUGGGAACCAGUUCAUCUGAAUGCUCCUUUCUGUCGCUCUGUAAGUGCUAGCAAAGAUGGUUAUGCUCGUCUAUUGGACAUUUCUUUAAGGAGAUGUGUUAUUUGUCUUAGUGGACACAUUCUUGCAGUAACUUGCGUGAAAUGGGGUGGUGACAGAGUAAUACAUAAAGGGUAUGCAUUUUAUUUGAGUUUGCUUUUAUGAAACUUGAUCCUUCAUAAGGAGAGGGCUUCUGUAGUUCUGUUUGCCCAUAGGAUUUUGACUUGACAGUUUCUGCUUUCAAAAUUUACCCAUUUAUUUCUUAAAUCUUCUGGUGAGCUGGCUGCAGCUCCCAGUAUUGUACUAUUAAAGUUUGGGAAACUACUCAGGGGUAGCUAAUUUGUGAAUUGAAGCCAAUUUGUGUUUUUUUUUUAGCCCAUUUAAAGUUUCACCUUUGGGUUAUAGAAUGAUUCUGUCCUUUGAAGAAUGCUUGCUUUAAGAGGUUUGUUGUUGUGAACUUUCUUAUUAAAUUGGCUAUUUGGUCCACUUUUGAUCAUACAGGGAAACAAUAUUCAUCUCCAGAGGAAAUGAGAAAGGUAGCUUGCUGUUGGGUGUUGUUGGUUAUUUCCAUUAGUUACUUAUCUCAGUCAAUUACUCUUAUACUUCUGUUACCCCUAAUACUUGUGCCCAACUGUGGCUAUUCUGUCAAAACCGCUUCCUAAGGUGAAAAAGAUUAUGUACAAGUUGGAUUUGAGGGAUUCUUUUUCUUAUCUUUGUUGCCCAACCGUUGGUUGCUCUGGAAAGUCACAACAAAAUGAAAGGCGAUGCCCUUGAAAGAUUGGUUCCAGGAUAUGAUCUUUAGGACCCCUCUGUCAGCAAGCAACCCAAGACACGUAUGACGGGUCAUUAACAGGUAAAAAGUAUGACUGCUACAUUUUUGUCUUAUUGCGAUCCAUGUUGGUGGUAGCCCUUGUUUGUUAGAGUACAACUAUGAUUUGUCUCCGUUUUAAUCCCUUAUCAAGAACGCUGUCAGAAGUUAUGUUACAUAUUUCUGCUGUUAUUUUCUUCUGCAUAGAAAUGCAAACUCUAUAAUGUGUUUUGGUUUGUUGUAGCUUGUAAACCAUGCUUAUUUCUCACCCAACACGCAAUGGAUUGCGGGUGCCUCUUUUGAUAAACAGUCAAAUUUUGG